AUGUGCAGCCACCUGAACAGCCUCAUUCCCCCAAGCAUCGCGACGGAUCUGCAUCAGGAUUUCUGGAGACAUCGUCGUGGCUGUGCGCGAUGUGGCGGCAGGCACAAUAAACACAGCCAUGAAUAUCAGACUGCAAAGUGCUGCUUGGAGCACUUGAUCAAGAAUCGCAAUGUCCUCGAAAAGCCGCGAAAGGGUGCGAAAGCUGUUGACGACAAACCAGUACAGCCAGCAAGACCCAAAAAACUGCUCUCGGAUGCGCAGCGUGAGCGUUUAUGGCGCAAACACCACGAUGCUCAACUCGCCAAAGGGCAUAUCUGCAGAGAAUACGAGAUGGACGACGACUUUGACGCAGGCGGCAAGACAGGCCAGCUGAAGCAUGCAUACUUCAGGGACAACAGAGCGAAGGUCUACGAUGAAGAUGCUGUGGUUGUGAUGGAAGAAGAUGACAGCAUCUAUGAGCAACUGGUGGUCUUUACGAAGAAAAUUUUGAUCUGA